AUGCAGCAAUUCGUCCUCCCCGAUCUUCUCGCCCUCCUACCCUUCAAGGGCAGCUUUAACCCGCAUUACGACGCGGUGGCUGCAGAGUCUUCAUCAUGGGUCAACGGCUACCGAGCCGUGUCAGAUCGCAAGCGAGCCUUCUUCCUCCAGGGUGGCAGCGAGUUGCUUUGCGCACACGCCUACCCAUACGCCAGUGCGCAGGACUUGCGUACAUGUUUUGACUUGGUCAACAUCCUCUUCACUGUUGAUGAGAUCAGUGACGAACAAAACGGCAAGGAUGCCUACUCCACCGGCCGCAUCUUCUUGAACGCGAUGAAAGACCCUGAUUGGAACGAUGGCUCCGCCUUGGCCAAGAUGUGCAAGGAAUUCCGUCAGCGGCUGCUACGGUACAAUAUGCCCGCAUGCUACAGCCGCUUGCUGAAGCAUUGCGAGGACUACGUCAAUGCAUUUGCCGAAGAAGCUGGACUACGCGAACGCAAUGAAGUUCUCCACCCGGAUUCAUACAUGAUCCUCCGCAGAGAGAACAGCGCUGUCCGAUUCUGCUUCGGACUAUUCGGGUUCGUUCUGGGUCAUGACCUCCCGGACGAGAUCUUCAAUGAUCCUGUUCUGUUGCGGAUGCAUCUGGCUGCCGUCGAUAUGGUCUGCUGGUCAAAUGAUAUCUAUUCAUACAACAUGGAGCAGGCUAUGGGUCACACUGGCAACAAUAUCAUGACUGUCCUCAUGAAGGCGCACAACUGCGACCUACAGGCCGCCGCCGACAUGGUAGGCGAGCACUUCAAGAAGCUCAUGGAUAGCUUCUACGCAGACAAGGCCCAAAUUCGGUCGUGGGGUCCUGAGAUGGACGCAGUGGUCGCUAAGUUCGUCAUGGCCAUGGAGAAUUGGGUGAUCGGGAAUUGCGAGUGGAGCUCCGAGACAUUGCGAUACUUCGGUCCCGAACGCCAUGAAAUCAAGCGAACGCGUAUCGUCAGGCUGAAACCGAAGCGCGAGGACUGA